UCGGCGGUCGCGUUUCCAGUUAAACUUUUACCGAAAAGGCGGACGGACGGGUCGAAAUCAAUCGUCGGGCUCCGCAGUUUGUACGCAAUUCGGCUCCUGAAUUCCUGACAGCCUCCCGCAGAAUUCAAAUAACUUAAACCAUUAAAAGGCUAAGCAAACAAGAAAGUGCUGAUAUGUUCAAGUUCUAUUGCAACUACCACAAGAAGAACGAGGAAAAUUAGGCACAGAAUUCAAAAAAUUCAAACCACUUGAAAUCAAAAUAAAUAAGUGAAAACAUAUUCAGGAAUUAUUCAAAUGAAAAUACCCACAGAAAUAAGGAAAAAUUAUGUCUGCUUGUGCUACUUGAAAUAAAUGAAAAAUUCAAUGCUAUUAGUGUGUGCAAAACAAAAAUAAAUAUCGGCAAAUCUUUGCGUGUGUCUACAUAAGUUUGAAUGGAAAAGUGCUUAGAAUAAAUACAUAGGCCGAAAGUCGAAACAACAUCCAAAAAUCUUGGACAAACCAGUGCAGUUUUCUUUUAGAUAUUUCCCAACGCCAGCGCUAUUAUUAAAGUAAUUUGUACGACACUUGCCACCUGUUCGACGACUUUGUGAGGUCACAAUUUAUGCAAACGACUUCGAGAAGAAAGCAGAUUCGAUCCACCCAAUCCCCAGCAAAAGUGAGAGUGCGGGGAGUCGAUGACCCAGUAAACGUGUUGAAGACGUCCGCUGAAUUCUAAUCCAAGGAAAGGGAGUCAGAGUAUAGCCCGGCGACAAUCACACAGUCCACAAGCCGCUGAGAUUUGCUGGAAGAGAUACCCGCAGUACAGGGCAUAAAAGUCAAUGACCACAUCAACUGGCGGCCGCAGGCAGCGCUUUUAUUAAGCAUACGCCCCACAUAAAUUAGUAAUCAGCGGCGGACCCGGGGCGAAACUAAUAAGAGGCUUGCUUUUAUUGAAAUUAUGAUUAAUGGCGAGAGCGGCGCAGUGAAUCUCGGCGCGGUGGCGAGUUCGCAAUGAUGCCGCGGGGCUACGAAGCCGCAAUGCUGGGCAGCAGGUCGGCACUGGGUUGCUCAUACGCCGCGUUAGCCCGCCGCAGCCACUGAAGACUGAUGGCCGGGUCCGGGCAGGACUGCCCCCGCCCCCGCCACCGCCACCGCCUCCAGCGGAACCGCCACCAGAAACUGAUCUCCACCGCCACGCUGACCCUGUUCGUCCUGUUCCUCAGCAGCUGGAUCGCCUAUGCGGCGGGCAGGGCCACCGCUCCCGCUCCUGGCCCCGAGGGCGGGACGGAGCCCCCCGCCGCGCAGGACUUCAACAGCAGCAGCGCCUUCCUGGGCGCCGUGGCCUCCGUCUCCGCGGGCCUCUCCUCCGCGAACAGCAGCCCCGUGGCCGUCGUCUCGUACCAGGGCAUCACGAGCAGCAGCCUGGGGGACGGGAACACGACGCUGGUGCCCCUCUCGGACACGCCGCUCCUGCUGGAGGAGCUCGCCGCCGGGGAGUUCGUGCUGCCGCCGCUGACCUCGAUCUUCGUGAGCAUCGUGCUGCUGAUCGUGAUCCUGGGCACCGUGGUGGGCAACGUGCUGGUCUGCAUCGCGGUCUGCAUGGUGCGCAAGCUGCGGCGGCCCUGCAACUACCUGCUCGUCUCGCUGGCCCUCUCCGACCUGUGCGUGGCCCUGCUGGUGAUGCCGAUGGCCCUGCUCUACGAGGUGCUUGAGAAGUGGAACUUCGGGCCGCUGCUCUGCGACAUCUGGGUCUCCUUCGACGUGCUCUGCUGCACGGCCUCGAUCCUGAACCUGUGCGCCAUCUCGGUGGACCGCUACCUGGCCAUCACGAAGCCGCUGGAGUACGGGGUCAAGCGGACGCCGCGCCGCAUGAUGCUCUGCGUGGGCGUGGUCUGGCUGGCGGCCGCCUGCAUCUCACUGCCGCCGCUGCUGAUCCUGGGCAACGAGCACGAGGACGAGGAGGGGCAGCCCAUCUGCACGGUGUGCCAGAACUUCGCAUAUCAGAUCUACGCCACGCUGGGCUCCUUCUACAUCCCGCUCUCGGUGAUGCUGUUCGUCUACUACCAAAUCUUCCGGGCGGCGCGCCGCAUCGUCCUGGAGGAGAAGCGGGCGCAGACGCACCUCCAGCAGGCGCUCAACGGCACCGGCUCCCCCUCCGCCCCGCAGGCGCCCGCCCUCGGGCACACGGAGCUGGGCAGCUCGGGGAACGGCCAGCGGCACAGCAGCGUGGGCAACACCUCGCUCACCUACUCCACCUGCGGCGGCCUGAGCAGCGGGGGCGGAGUGCUCGCGGGCCACGGCAGCGGGGGCGGGGUGAGCGGAUCGACGGGGCUGCUGGGCUCGCCGCACCACAAGAAGCUGCGCUUCCAGCUGGCCAAGGAGAAGAAGGCCUCCACCACGCUGGGCAUCAUCAUGUCGGCCUUCACCGUCUGCUGGCUGCCCUUCUUCAUCCUGGCCCUCAUCCGGCCCUUCGAGACGAUGCACGUGCCCGCCUCGCUCUCCUCGCUCUUCCUCUGGCUGGGCUACGCCAACUCCCUGCUGAACCCCAUCAUCUACGCCACCCUCAACCGGGACUUCCGCAAGCCCUUCCAGGAGAUCCUCUACUUCCGCUGCUCCAGCCUGAACACCAUGAUGCGGGAGAACUACUACCAGGACCAGUACGGCGAGCCGCCCUCGCAGCGGGUGAUGCUGGGCGACGAGCGGCACGGCGCCAGGGAGAGCUUCCUCUAGGCGCAGGACUCCUCCCAGGGCGAGCGAGUCUUUCCAGCCAAGCGAAUCUGAGCUGUCUGCCGUCGAAGGAUCUCCUCGAGGCUUCCGGGGGAAGGAGGCGACCUCUCUGCUCGACACACACUCACCUAAGUAUACGUGCUGGGGUGGCGGUCUAGAUAUCUAAACACUGUGCGAGGGGAUAGUUAUUUUCUGAACACUUUUGGCAGUGCCCAACUUCAGAAUUGUUUUAUAAGUUGAACUCUUUGCUCCAUUAGAACUUGAGAUAGUUUUCCCAAGGGAGUACUUUUAUACAUUGUAUUGCCGGAGAAGGAAGCUUGCUCCCCGGCCACCCCAGCACACACACACACAUGGAUAUUUGUAUGUAGUAGUGUUAGUAGUGCGUAUCUCUGUAUAUGUGCACCCCUGACAUUCGCAUUAAAGUGCGAAGUGUAGACGACUCCUCUAAAUGUAACUUGUUGUUGUAAUUUUAAAUGUAGAACUAAGCAAUCGGUGUGGUCCACCCCACACACACACAAACACACACUCACAAACCAAACACACACACACACAGACACGGUUGUAACUGUGACAGGUUUCUACGGUUCCUUUUAUGUUUCGAAAACAAUCAGCACCGGAUAUGAGACACAAUCGUUAUCGAAUCUAUUGAUACCCCGCAAAAGUCCACCAAUCCAAUCCCAUUUCCCUGACCCACCCAAAAAAAAAAAAAGAAAAAUGCCAGCGUAGUUAGUUGAUUUGCGAUACUCAAACUAAGCCAAAAAUUAAAUUUACAAACUGCAGACUGCAGCCAAGUUAAGCCUACUGAUUAACCUAGAUUUAUUAUGUUCGUGCAAGAAGCUAUCCACUGUAAAUACCCAGCCAUCUGCGGCUCUGUCUAUAAUAUACGAGUAUACUAUAUAUGUAUAUGAAUAUGUGGGAAGGUAGCCUAUAUGUAUGUAUACACACUGUGCGGCUCAAACUGCGGCUCAAGUGAGAAGAGAACUAAAUUGUAUUUUGUAACUUUCUGCAUUAGUCUUUCGUUGUAUUUUGUAUGAAAAGUCACGCCUCUCUGUGAUACCAAACAUUAAGCAUUACUUUUAUGUUUAGAUCGAAGCUGCAUCAGACGUAAUACACACAUACCUAUACAUAUAGAUAUAGUCAACUAAGUGUGCAUGUUUUUAUUGUAUAUGUAUGUAGCACUGCGAGAAGUGCAUUAUGAUAUUCGCAACCAACCAACCAACCAACAAACGAUGGAAACUGAGCUAUUCGUAACUUGAUGAGAUAAGCUAUCAAACUAUUUACAUAACCCACACGCAUUCACCCCACACCCAUGAAAUCGAAAUCGAAAAUGGUAAAUGGUAAAUGGAAAAUGGAAAGCGGAUAAUGAAAAUUAAAAUGAAAUUGAAAAUGAAAAACAAACAAGGGCAAGCGAGCAUGACAAACUAAGCGCAGAUAAUUUACGCAAACUGAACUAGAGUUCAUUACAAAAACAAACAUCAAUAUUAUGAUUAAAAACUAAAGCAAGUAAUUGAGAAAAACAAACAAAUAACAACUAAAACACUUUCCAAGUGAAGCUUACAAAACUGCAAACUGCAUUUCAACUGUUUUCCCGAAAAAGCAUGCGGAAAUUAAGGCAUCAAAUAAAAGGCAACCGUAUCAAUGUAA